AUGAAGACCGAAUCUAUAGUUGGUGGCGAUUUGGGAUGUGGAACAAUUCUUACUCCCGUGGUGCUACGUGCCGAGAAGAGUGCUGCGGUGCUUCCAACCUCUACAUCAGCUAAAAUUGCCGAUAGUAUAGCUGAGGGAACCCUUUUCCAAAGUCCCACCUACAACACAACCCUCGCCAGUGCCCGCAAGCCAAAACGGGCGAUUGGAGAAAUUCCGCUGCUAAUCAUUCGUCCAAUUGAUAAAAAGAAGAAGAAAGGUCACUUCAAGGACCCGAUGGUGAAGCUCAUGUCCGGCGGAGUAGCCUCGUAUGGAAACUACCCUGAAAUCCAUACCAACGAGGGUGAAGUUUUCUCCUUGGAGCACAUGUUACCCAUUCUUGGCCUGGAAGGAAUGGUCUUUAACGGUAUUCCGAAAUUGACACCCUAUUCAAACCAAUUCUACCCAUCUCAGCAUUAUAAACCAUCAGAUGUGCAAUAUUUUACUCAAAAGCAUAGGGAACAAUUAUAUCCAACACUGACCAUCUCGUCACUAAAACCGACGGAAUCGGUUCCAGCUCAACCUCUAUCUUCACCGCCAUCGCCAAGCUAUGCGCCUGCUGUUAGCACCGAAGAACAGCUUCUAAAGUUGGGCCAACAAGCUUUAGGCAAACUCGAAACACCAGGAUCAUCAGAUCAGUCUUCCUUGGUAGAGGAGAAACCAGCUUUCGUGAAGCCGGAACAACUUCACACUAAAUACAACUUUAACAAAUUUCCUUCAGAGAUUAUGAAAAUCAAAGCCAUUCCUAUCAACACUAGCCCGCACUUUGCACCUGUAACCUUUUUCGGAAUGCACGCCGAUGGUAUGAAACAGUAUAAACCGAGUUACGUAUUCUCAUCUCAGUUACCGUACAAAUGGCCAGAGCUACCGAAAAAAUCUCAAAUGGUCAGCCCUCUAUCCAUCAGUACCAGUUUUUACUCAUCGAAAGUUCCUAACAGUGACGAAAGCUACCAGCCGCCACCGAAAAUGUAUUAUGUACCUCAACAACAACAGCAACAACCGCUUCACUCGUCUCCGUUCCAAACCCACGUGAACUAUUAUUUCCCAAAAGAAAUCGAAACUCUUCCGCAGCCACAACCACAAGUGCAGCAACAUGAAACCCCACAGCAACUCCAGCAUCCGACCGUCGCAGUAAACACGGUACAAAACGGCGAACAUGUGGACUUUGUUGUUCCCAAACAACCCGUCCACGAAGAGACUUCUGAAAAACCGUACAAACCGUACAACGCCCACCUGAAACAUAAGUUCCAAAAGCAACAAAGCAGUCAAACCGGAAGUAACCAACCAACUUUCUACAUUCACAAAGAAUUUGAAUUCCCUGGCAAACCAAACGGCUACAACGGCAACAGUAACAACGUAAUAACCGAAUACUACGGUUCACACAAUCGAACCACAAUCGAAACGCAACACCUUCCGGAACCAGUGCCGUACUCUGCGCCCCAGUACCUCCCACUGCCGCAGGCUCAACCACUGCAACAGCCAGCCCCGGCAAUCACGUUACAUCAGACCCAUCCGGUACAACCACAGCCCUUCCAGCAUAACUCAAUCUCACAGGGCCACUGGAAGCGGAGGAACCACGACCACAUCAAACCCGUCGUAGAGAUCGCUGACAAUACCGAAUCGGACAGUUCACCCGCCCCCUCCUCGCUGGUGACGAAGACGGUCAAGACGCUGGCGCGACCGCAGGAGAAAUCCACAACGGAAGUGCGGAUUAACGUCAAACAUGUUCCCCACCCACGGACGGAAAGCAAAACGACGGAGAAAAAGACCAGCGACGGUAGCAGUAACAGCAGCAGCAGCAAUAGUACGAUUGUCACUACCUUGCGGCCAACAACACGGUCAGCACGACAGGGAUGAUUCAAAUUACCUGCGCCCCGCGAACGAGGUCGCAAUACAAAAGUACAUGACCUCGUCGACGAAUGGAUUGUUUUCUUUUUUGCCGCAAAUGAUUAUGACAUCUCGCAAUCCAGCUGCGGAAAAUUACAUGUUUACACAGUUGCUGCCAACGAUGGACGGCAACCAUAUAUCAUCUCGAAACAACACUGACACUCCGGUUAGCACCCGUACGAUUUACGAUUCGUAGGAAGAUCGCAACAAAGGAGAAGAAAUUAAGAGGAAUGGCCUAAAUAUCAGCGGAGCUUUCUUUAAUUAACGCCGUUUAUCUACGGCAGUUAAUUUUUCGUUAUUUAUUCAAGCUAGGUAUAAUCAUUUGCUGUCAUUGUUGCUGUUUAGGUCCAUUAAUAUAUCCAUAUAUGUUACGUUAUGUAGGUUACGUUAUUAACUGUUGGUUAGAUACAGAUAGUGCAUUGAUAGGUUGUGUCUGCGAGUGUGACUGUGAAGCGCGAUUGGCCGGGAUGAAAUUUGAUAGCGAACAUCGGGAACCUAUCCGUUUAUCACUUAGUUUAGCAGCGUUACCACGUUCUUUGACCUGAACUCAUUUGUUGAAAUGUUGUUACUAUUCUUCUAGGAUUUAAAUAUUUAAUUAUAGCAAAAAUACAUUUCAAACUAUCCUAUUUUACGCAGAGGUAUAUUAUUAAA